AAACUGCGCGGCCGAAAGCACGUUCAGGCAUUGGACACGGGCAAGACAAGGACAAAGUGCCCGCUGCAAAGGCGCGUGGAUCCACGCACUGGGAGCUCAUUCGCCACGCGAGCUCGCAGUCACCGGUCACGAGCUGCGCUUGCUGUGGACCGCCGCCCUUGGAAGCGUUCGGGACCCGGGCUUGUAAGAGAACUCCGCCCCCGGCACGACCUUCUCUGAGUUGCAAUGGCUGCGGCGACCGCGAGCGCACCGGCUGCCGCGAAGAGCACCGAGUCCAACCCCGCCAUGGACGUCGAGGUCCACUACGGUGACCUGCCCCAGGAUAUGAUCAACGAACUUCGUGACGUGGCCACCAAGGCCAUGAAGGACUCCAAGGACUGGGCUGACAUCGCCACCACCAUCAAGACCGCCUUCGAGACCAAGUAUGGCCCCACGUGGUUCUGCGUCGUGGGCAAGGACUUCGGCAUCACAGGAACCUGCGAGAUGAACCGCGGAGGCUUCGUCUCCAUAUCUGGGGUGGCCGUCGGCGUCUUCAAGUUCAAGUAAUGGCUCACUCUUGUCUUCUCCACCGCUGACGCGCAUGGGCAAUCCACCGAAAGCUCUCCUGGGGCCGCUGGGGACUGCACGCAUUGAUCCGGACACGCUGAAGAAGAAAAAUUGUGGAGAAAUAUAACCCGACUGUUUCUCA